AAGAAUUAAAGUACGAAAAAAUAUUAAUUUCCAAUAAAAAUGAACGAAACUGUGAUAUUAGUUGUGGAUUAUGAAAAGAUCUGUCGCUUGUGCUUGCAAGCCACUGGUGCUUUGUCGGGUAUCUUCGAUAAUAACGAGGAAACUUCGUUACAAAAACUUAUACUAAGCUCUACAGGUAUAGAAGUAAAGGUAAAUGAUGGACUGCCUUCGAAGAUCUGCCACAAAUGUCGUUAUGUGGUGGAGCUGAGCUGUGAGUUUCGAGACAUGGCAGCUAGGACACAUCUGCUUCUCACAGAAGCUGACAGUAACUUGCACAAGGAAGAUUUAGAACAAGAGAAGUGUGUUGAAAACACCAAUCAAUGUGUAGUUAACAAGUCACACAACAAUACUAAGAAGAACCAUCUAAAUUUAGAACUAGUAAUGCAGGAAGAUGGGCUGAUAACUUUUGCCAAGAAUGAACCUGUUACCCCGGUAGAUGAUAAUGACAAUAAUAAUACAAGAACACUUGAUGUCGUCAGAAAAGAUAUUAAAAAGAAAAAACAAUUUGGUACAUGCAAGAUCAGGCAGGCUCCACCUAAACACCUGACAUGCCAGAUGUGUUUGACGUCAUUCCCCACUGUGGACGAAGUCUCUAUACACGUACAAACACAUUAUGUGGACUCCAUCUUGACUCCCUAUUUGAAACUGCAGAGGCCAUACACAUGUCAAGCAUGCAACAGUGGUAUAAUAAGCAAGGCCAAGCUGAUCAUACAUCACAGGAACCAUUUAAAUAUCAAUCCAUUCAUAUGCAAACAUCCAGGCUGUGGAUUCGUUGGGAAACAUAUGGACGGGCUGCGCAAGCACGUGGUGAAGCACGGCGGGCGGGCGCAGGUGUGCGAGCAAUGCGGCCGCCGCUACCGGCGCCGCUGGGAGCUGCGGCAGCACGCUGCGCGCGCGCACGCCGCCGCCCAGCACCACUGCCGCGCCUGCAGCAAGCACUUCCGCAACGCGCUCACUUAUAGGGCGCACCUGAAUUACCACCGGCCUGCUAACCACCUGUGCCCGUGGGCGGGGUGCAGCAAGGCAUACCACUCUGCAGCGGCGCUGUCCGCGCACGAGCGCGCGCACGCCGACGAGCGCGUGUUUCGCUGCCACCUGUGCGCCGCCGCCGCUUACACCUCGCAGUCUUUGCUUAACAGACACCUCCGGAAGCACGAGCGCGACCGCUUGUCGAAGUGCGACAAAUGUUCAGCGACAUUUGAAGACUACAGCGCGUAUUACCGACACCGCGUGUCCUCCCACGGCCCAUGGCAGCCACAUCGCUGUCCCGGAUGCAAUAAGGGGUAUCAAUCGGAAAUCACGCUAGAGAAACACGUACAAAUAUGCGAGCAGGCGAUCCGCAUGCAGUCGACCGCCGCAGACAGUGACACGAAGACUGACGAGAUAACCACUUCUAUACAGGAGAUGGUGCAGAGUGACAAUAAGAUGUACCAGCUAGCGGAGGUGUCGGAUGAUUUGUCGGGCAAAUUGAAGGGGCAGUCACUACUGGUGCAACCAGGGAACAUGAGCGACCUUAGCAAGGGUCUUGUACUGCAAGAGCUGCCCGCCGACGGGUUGCUGUAUAUCGAAGUGGAGGAGGAAGCCGAUGAAGAUAGAACCAACGACUCCUGGCGCCAAUGACGCUUAAUACAUUGUUAUUAUAUGUAACAGCCAGAUUUUAUAAUCCGCCAUAUUACAUUACGACUAGCCGUUUUCUAAAAUGGCCGUUUUGUACAAAAUACACUUCACAUAUAUACAGGGUGUUAGUGACAUCACAACGAAUACUGAGGGGGAUGAUUCAGACCAUGAUUCUGAUUUAAUAUUAAGUGGAAUUUCCUGUCGGAAAAUUCAUGAAAAUUUUAGUGUUCUUUUUAAUUAUUUUCCGUUCCAACUUUUGCAACGGAAAAUUCCACUUGACAUCAACUCAGAAUCAUGAUCUGAAUCCCUCAAAAUUUUCGUUACGAUGUCACUAACACCCUGUAUACAUACAUAUGGCGACCUCAGUCUCUUCUCUCGUGUGGUCGAAUGUGACUGCCAAAGCCAAACUUUGUUUUGAACACCCGGUCACAUUGGAGGCAGAAUAGCUGUCCAUCCGAGUUGAAAGUGUAGCUUGGGUUUGGGACGAUCCAUGCGUGUUAGCAGUAAAGCUCACUUCACUAUGCUGAUGAUAUAGUUCUAACUUUUAAACAAGUAUGGUUUAUUGGCUACUGGAAACCUGUUAUGGUCAAAGACUCCACUCCACACCUACAUAAUGUAGUUGUAUGUGUGAAUACGGAUUACAUAUUUUUUAUAAUUUCUUACAAAUAGCGUUUGAGCUAAAAAGCAAACCUAUUUUUUGUUAAUGGUUUAUGAUUUUAUUUUAUUGCAUGCUUUUAGAGUAUAGAGAAAGCUAAGCUUUCAAAAAUUUUUAGAUUUAAGUAUGACAAGAAUUUGUUAAUUUUAAAAUACUCUACAACUUUUAUAAUGAUACUGUUCCGUCCAAGGCGCCAAAAUGAUGAUUAAAGACUGAUUAUAUUUUAAAA